AUGAGUAAAAAAUUAAAUAUUUGUUUUUUAGGUGCAUCAGAAGUUGGAAAAUCAAGUUUAAUAAGCUCAUUCCAAAAUUCAUAUUUUGAUGAAAGUCAAACUUAUGUACCAACAAUUGAAAAUAAAUCAUCGAAAUUAUAUACCUAUAAACAAUUAUAUACAAUUAAUAAUUAUGACACAAGUGGUUCCAUAGAGUGUAAUUGUAUUAUACCACAAACCAUUAAACAAUGUGAAGCAUUUGUUAUAGUUUAUUCAUUAACCGAUAGAAAUUCAUGCGACUCGAUAACCAUGUACAUAGAAAUGAUAAAAAACUGUUUUAAAUAUUUAAAAGGUUGUGACAAUGUUCCAAUAAUAUUAGUUGGUAAUAAAGUCGAUGGCGAUAAUAAUAAAAAUUUGGCUUUCACUGAAACCGAAAUUCAAGAACUUUCAAAAUAUAUUAAUUUACCAUACAUUGAAGCCAGUGCCAAAGAUAUCCGCUCUGUUCAAUCAAUUUUUAAUCUUUUAAUUGAUACAAUUAACAUUAAAGAAAAACAAUUAAAAAAACAACAAUUAAGAUAUAAAAAACAAUUAAGAAAUGAAAAUAAUAGAAAUUUCUUUCAUAAAUUCUUUGCUUUAAAAUUAAAAUAA